CUCCUCCUGGGACAGUGAUGAGUGGCACCUGCAGAGCACAGGUUCCUGAGCAAAUAGGUGUCAUCACUGACUUAAAACAAACUGAGUCUGAGUGUUUAUGAUGUGACAGUGGACAGCCUCGCUAUGGAAAGGGGGCUUCACGGGCCAGGAUGGUCAGCAUCACCUGAUCCUCCUAGUCUCUGUCCCUCCUCAUUUGCUGGGUCAGGAGCUGCAUUUUUCCGGUAUCUGCAGCCCCUCCCUGUGCACAGGCUGGGGGGAGAAGCGCCCACCCCAAUCAUGGGGUUACUGUUCCCUGGGCAACUGCUAAAGCAGCAUUUCUAAGGUGUCACCUUGGCAUUUGAGAGCUCCUGGCCCAGGUCUGCACAGGAGGAGGCCCCUCAGGGCUGACACUCAGGAGCAGCCGUCCUUGGGAGCCUCUCUGAAGCCCCAGCUCUUCUCUCAGAGGGAGCACAGAGCAGGCAGUAGACACCAUGGAGGCCCCCUCAGCCCAUGGACGCAGAGGCCGAGGCCCCUGGCAGGGGCUCCUGCUGGCAGCCUCAUUCUUAACAUUCGAUGUCCCGCACAUCACUGCGAAGCCUACUGUUGAAUCAGAGCCUCUCGAUGCUGCUGAGGGGCAGGAUGUGAUUCUGCGUGUCCGCAAUCUGCCAGAGCGUUUUGGAAUCUAUUCCUGGUACAAAGGAGGAAAGGUGGAUGGCAGUCAACGUAUUGCAUCAUACAAUGUAGCCACGGAAGAGGUUUUAAAUGGGCCUGCACACAACGGUCGAGAGAUCAUGCACCCCAAUAUAUCCCUGCUGUUCCAGAACGUCACCCAGAAUGACACAGGAGACUACACCCUAAGAUACACAAAUAGAAGUCACGUUAUGAAAGAAAUAACCGGACAGCUCUGCAUAUACUUGUUACCCAAACCCCACAUCACAAGCAACAACUCGGACCCCGUGGAGCACGAGGACACCGUGGUGUUAACAUGUGGACCUGAGACUCCGGACACAACCUUCCUGUGGUCCAUCAACAGCCAGAGCCUCCCGAACAGCAACAGGCUGCAGCUGUCCAAGGACAACCGGACCCUCAUGCUACUCCGUGUCACCAGGACUGACACGGGGCCCUAUGUGUGUGAGACCCGGAACCCAUUGUGUGCCCGCCGCAGCGACCCUCUCAGCCUGAAUAUUCUCUAUGGCCCGGACACCCCCAUCAUUUUCCCCCCACAACCUUACUACACUCCGGGGGCAGCGCUCAGCCUCUCCUGCCAUGCAGCCUCUAACCCGCCCGCACAGUAUUACUGGCUGAUCAAUGGGAGGCCCCAGAAUUCCACACACGAGCUCUUUAUCCCCAACAUCACUGAGAGUGACAGUGGAUCCUACACCUGCCUGGCCCACAACAACGCCACUGGCCUCAACAGUGCCGUAGUCAAGAAUAUCAUGGUCUCUGCAGAAGGAGACACCACAGGCCUCUCUGCAGGGGUCAUCGCAGCCAUCGUCAUCGGGGUUGUGCUGGCAGCCGCCCUGGGGUGUGUCCUGGUUUGCAGAAGGUCUGGCAGGAGUUACUGCACCCCGACACAGACAGAUCUGAGGGUGUCCUGGCCAGGUCACACACAGGGGGCAGAAGAGCCUGGAAAGACAGGCGACAAGCACAGCCUCCCAGAGCGCCGGCCCCCAGCACCCACCCCUGGCUCUGCUCCCUCAGGCUGCUCCGCCUCCUCGGCCCCCCAACUUGACAUCAAGCCAGAUGUUCCCAUCUAUGAGGUAUGUGCAGAGCCUCCAGCAGCGCAGACUGACUGGACCUGGGAACGCCACAGAGAGCAGGACACGCCUGGUCCCUGCACCUGCUAAAAAGUCAUGCAGCUAAGCGUUAACGAGAAUGGAGACAAGGGCCGGGAAGGACAGUGGCCGGUGCUUCCCAUUCCACAGUGGGUGUCAGCUGUUCUGGGGAUCACGGAGAAUGCCCUGAGAGGUGUGGGUUGAUCCUAACAGGUGAGUGUAUGUCAACUCUAUAGGGCAAGGCAGGAGGGGGGCGCUGCCUGAAGGACAGGCCACCAGGGGCAGACGCCUGACCGGGGUUGGGGCUGAGUCCACUGUGGAGAGUGGACAGCGAGGCGGCCUGUGGCUGAGGAGACGUGGGCGUCAGGCCCCGGCACGUGGACCAGGCAGUGGCGUCAGCGUGGCGCUGUCGCCGCCUUGUGGACACGGACGGAAUUGCAGAAGCUCUGAUCUCUGCUGCUCACUUUUUUUUUUUUUUAUCAUCUAAAACAACUUGUUUAUUAGGAAAAGCAGAAGGAAAAACAGACCCCUGCACAGUCACAAGCGGGCAGCACAACUGCUGCUCCGACUCAUUAUUCAAACAAUCAGUGGACAUUGUCCAUGGUUCACACAUCCGGCAGAUGCUCCAUCAUGUCCAGCUCAUGAGUCCCUGCUCCCCAUAAUCUCCUCCCUGCCCCACAAUGAGAUGUCACCCUCUCAGAUUGCAGGCAGGUGUAUCAUAUCUCCAGUCAUUGAGCCCCUGGGAACGUGUCCUACCUGGGACCUGAGUGUGAGGGCUGAUUGGACAUUCACUGAGUUAUAGGUGGAAAGAUUUAGGAAGGAGCUGUCAAAGACAUGCCAUCAGGGACAGAUGCCUGACCUGAUGGCUGAGAGUCCAGUGUGGGGGGUGGACAGCGAGGAGGACAGUUGAGGUGCUGUGAGAAGCAGACCCCUGGGAUGUGGACCAGGCUGAGUGGGGUCUGCAGCCCUGGGGAGGCUGCAGGUGCGUAGUGACUCUCGCUGUCUUGUGGACAUGGGCAGAAUUGCAGAAGCUCUGAUCUUUCAAUUAAAAAAGAAACAUUUACAAUAAACUUGUUUAUUAGGAAAAGGAGAUAGAAAUGAGAGGCCCCUGCACAGUCACACAUGAGUGGCAUGGCUGCUGCUCCGUCUCCUUAUUCAAACAAUCAGUGGACAUUUCCGGUGGGUCACAUCCUGCUGAUGCUCCAUCAUCAUGAGUUCCUGAUCCUCAUAACCACCUUCCUCCCCCCCUCCCCAGUGAGCUGUCACUGCUCAGACUGCAGGAAUGGAUGUCAGCGUGUGUCCAGUCAUUGAGCUCCUGUGAAUGUGUUCUCUAAGGGAUCUGAAUAUUAGGGCGUAUUGGACAUUCUCAGUUACAGGUGGAAGGCUUUAGGGGAGAGCUGCCUGACACCGACGGGCCAACAGGGCAGACGCCUGACCCAAAAAGGGGCUAAGGGUCCAGUGUGGGGACUGGACAGCGUGGACGCCUGUGGCUGAGGUGCCUUGGACGCCAGACUCCUGAGUUGUGGACCAGGCUGAAGUGGGGUUAGCAGCCCUGGGGAAGCUGCAGGUGUAGUGGCUCUGUCGCCAUCUUGUGGACACGGCGGGAACUGCAGGCUCUGCAGCAGUUCUGAUCUGCGUGAGAGGGUUUGUUUUUAAUUAUUUUAUUUACUUAUGCAUACAAAAGCUGGGGUCUAGGCCAACCAGAGGUGCGGGAGUGGGAGCAGAGCAGGUGAAUCUACUGAAAUGCACUGCUGAGGAGAGCAGCGGGCAAGACAGGAGAGGAGAGGUCUGCUGUGCCAUGUGGGGGCAUGCAGCUCAGGCUGCAGUGGCUGCUGAUGGCUUGAUAGCGCUGAGAAUUUAACCCCUCCGCCACCAGGGAGGCCCUGUUUUUAAGAUGUUAAAAGAACUUGUUUAUUAGGAAAAGGAGAAGGAAAAAGAGAGUUACCUGCGUCGUCACGAGGGCACGGCACAGCUGCUGCUCCGCCUCAUUUUUCUGACGAUCUGUGGACAUUGUCCAUGGGUCACACACUCCGCAGAUGCGCCACCAUGCUUCUGCUCACGAGUCCCUGCUCCCUAUAAUCUCCUCCCUCCCCCACAUGAGCUGCCACUGCUCAGACUGCAGGAAUGGAUGUCAGCGUGUGUCCAUCACUGAACCCCUCUUCUGCCAGGGACCUAUCAGGGCUGAUUGGAAGGAAAUUCACUGAGAUAUAAAUGGAAGUGUUAGGAGUGAAUGGCAAGGACGGGCCGUCAGGGAAGGUUCCUGGCCCGAUGAGGGGCCGAGAGUCCAGUGUGGGGAGUGGACAGCAAGGAGUCUUGUGGCCGAGGUGUUCUGAGGGUCAGACCCCUGGGACGUGGACCGGGCUGAGUCCUGGGGAGGCCGCAGGUGCGUCGUGGCUCUGUCGCCGUCUUGUGGACACGGGAGGAAUUGCAGCAGCUCUGAUCUCUGCUGUAUUUUGUUAAAAUUUACAGGAACUUGUUUAUUAGGAAAAGGAGAAAGAAAAGAGGCCCCUGCACAGUCACAAGCGGCGCAGCUGCUGCUCCGUCUCUUUAUUCAAACAAUCAGUGGACACUUCCCGUGGGUCACACGUCCUGUAAAUGCUCCGUCGAGUUCGUGAACCUCUA